AAAGAUUCGAUUCCUUUGAGCCUUUCCUGAUGAUGACCUUUCUUUCCCACCACCAACAUCGACACAAACACCCUUUCAAGUUACUGUAGUUGCAAAUAUAAAGUCAUCACACAGGACAGCAGCAGAAAAGAUCAGGAAUAAUGAUGCGUUCGAGAAAACACGCAGGUACUUCUAAACCAGGAGGGUCGGCCGAAGGAGGCGCUGCCAGCAGUCAUGAGAAGGCAGGAAGGACCAGUUUGAUGGGGGGCGGCAGUAAGGACAUUUUGUCCAGCAAGGUGUUGGCAGGCAUUAUCGUGUUUGUGAUCUUGUUUGGAUUCUUGUUUGAGAGCUAUGAAUCUCGGCAAGGUGGGAAAUCAGUCCAGACAACCUCUGUAGUACCAGGAGUGAGUCUGCUAUCUCCGGAAGAAGAUUCUGCCUUGGAAAGCGACAGUGAUGGCCAAAUCUACCAUGUCAUCUUCUCUACUGAUUGUGGCGGUUAUCAGGCCUGGCAGAGUUACAUGACAUUUUAUCGCGCCAUGAAAAUCAAGCAGCCUGGUCACGUCACACGAAUUGCUUCAGGAUGUACCGACGAGGAAAAGGUCCAAAUUGAAGCCUGGUUUAACCUGCACAUCAGGCACAUGUCCCAACGGUUCCACUUGCUGCUGACGCCUAACUUCAGUGCCGUCAAGGACGAAAAAGGCAAUAUCGUGGGAGACUACAAAUUCUUCAAUAAACCAUUUGGCCUCAAAUACUUUCUGGAAAAGUUUGAUCUGAUCGAUUAUGAUGGAGCAGGCGCAUUCCCAAAGACGCAGGAUGCCAUUGUGAUUCUCAUUGAUCCAGACAUGAGCAUGUUACGGCCCAUCAAUAAAGACUUCACUUCCGAUGCCAACACGGUGAUUUCCAAAGCCCGCAAAGAUCACAUCAUCGGCCGCACGGUAGAACAUGGCAAGCCGUUUGCUCAACUAUACGGAUUCCAAUCCCAGUUCCUGAAACUCGAUAUGGAAAAGAUUGGAGGCAAGGACUCUCGCUUGUUGACCACAACUCACGAGGAGGGGAGACUCUAUUAUCCCAUUGGGCCUCCCUACUUGGCUACAGUGAAGGAUAUGUACCAGAUUGCUCUCAAAUGGACGGAAUUCGUCCCUCGUGUUCAUGAACAAUAUCCCCAUCUACUGGCCGAAAUGUUUGCUGCCAGUUUGGCAGCGGCUCAUCUGGACUUGAAGCAUCAGCUCAUCAAUUCACUCAUGAUCUCGGAUACCCAUACCGGGGACAGUGAAGGGUGGCCUUUGAUUGAUGAUAUUCCUGCCAAGGAAGUCUGUUCUGUCGGCCGGGGCGACCAUGCCGAUCUGAAAAAGUAUCCUCUACCAAACGUGGUGCAUUUGUGUCAACGGUAUUCACUGGGAAAAGAUUGGUUCUUUGGGAAGCGAAAGAUCCCGCAUGACGUUUACGACUGUGCCAAUCCGCUCUUUGAAGAACCACCCGACAAUGUAGCCACCAUGUUUGACUACAAGUGGCCUCCCAAUGCCAAAGAAAAGACUGAUCUGACACCGCAAAUGGCCAAACGGGAAGCUUUCAUGCUCUGCCACCUGACCACAACAUUGAACGAAGCCGCGGAAUACUACAAGCGCAGUGCUUGCGGCAAGAAAGCAAAUCUCAAGAAAAGCAUGAAGGUGGCAGAUUUGUUUCGGGGUAAGAGAUAACGCAGGACGAUGACUCUCGAGUGCUUCUGUAUACUAUCGAAUGCAGCACUACUAUCAAACUGCCUUGCUGAGAGUAUCGAGUCGAGUCAGGCUUCGGCAGUCCUCUAAGAUCAGCGUCGCAUGGUCGGUUAACCAACUGCCUGGCCUUCCCACGAUCAUAAAUCUUUUGGAAUAGCUUUAAUCGGUUGGUCAAGUCGAGAAAACGUGCCAAGGGCAGCUUGUCAAUGAAAGCAAUGGCGGGAGCAAAUAAGAACAUGGAUAACUUCUGUUCCUGUCUGGAUUGCGGUAGUAUUUUCCAGUCAUCUCAGGGCUCGUAGCUUAGAUUGUACGAAGUCUUCACAAGGUAUAUAGUCUGAUGACUACCGGUAGCUAGGGUGAGAAGGGCGAAAUAGACGCUAAACUCGCGCACGCAGUUGGAUAGUGGAUAGUCGGAGCAAAUCGAAAGAGCUAUGCUUUUUUGGCCCCAGCACAGCCGGUAGCUAGUGUAAGAAGGGCGAAAUAGACGCUAAA